AUGGCCGAACCAGCAAUCCUGCGUCAACUCUUUGUCCGAAUCAGACUGACUCAAGCCGUUGCCGACACUAUGGUGGACGAUCACAAUAUCAACAGUACUGCAACUCUGACCAAGAUCAAACCUGACACUGUCAGCAAACUUGUCAAGACCCUUCGACACCCAGGAGGCGGUGGGAAUGGCCACGUGAUCCCGUUCCAAGUGCAGCAAGGCAUGGCUCCUCAAACACCGCGUCCGCACCUCUCGCGAUCCAGCUAUUCCGACCAUUGGCCUCCCUGUCCUAACUGA